AUGGUCCGAAAUAUUGUCGUUCUUGGCGGCAACUCCCAUCCGAGCCUGGUUGAGAGCGUCUGCGGCGCUCUUGGCCUCCCACCUUGCAAUCGCAUUCUGGGCAAGUUCUCGUCGGGUGAGAGCCGGUGCGAGAUACAGGACUCGGUGCGCGGCAAAGAUGUCUACAUCAUCCAGACAGGCUUCGGCGGCAAUGGCGCCAGGCUCAACGACCAUUUCAUGGAUCUGUGCAUUAUGAUAUCCGCCUGCAAGACGGGCUCAGCACGCCGUGUUACCGCCGUUCUUCCCCUGUUUCCAUACUCGAGGCAGCCCGAUCUACCCUACAAGAAGUCCGGAGCACCAUUGUUCAAGGCAUCGUCAGAGGGCAGCAAGAAUGACUACACGUUCGACAGCGUUCCACCCACGCCGGGCCCCGGCAUGCCCAAGAGCGCCGGUCUCGCAGGCCUCGCAGGUCUCGCAAAUGGUACCGAUAUCACAAAUCGGCUACUGAAGAUGUCGGUGACCAAUGGGAAUGAGUCUACUGGCAAACUACCCAAUGGGAACGCGAAGACGAAUGGAGACGGAUUCCCUUUCACCAACGGCACAAAUGGUGUUAACGGUAGCCGCGAGCUCACGCCCACGACGCCCAAGCCCGCCAGCUACACGACCCACGACUAUGUGAACCUUUCGCUGGUGAGUUCGUUCCAGGCAAAGCCGGGCUACAAACAGUGGGUGGCCCAGGCAGGAACGCUGGUGGCAAAUUUGAUGACUUGUGCUGGCGCCGAUCACGUCAUUACGAUGGAUUUGCACGACCCUCAAGUCCAGGGUUUUUUUGAUGUGCCCGUCGACAACCUUUAUGGACGACCGCUCCUGCAGCAGUAUAUCCAGCGGAAUAUCCCCAACUACAAGGACGCCGUGAUCAUCAGCCCCGAUGCGGGAGGAGCCAAACGGGCAACGGCGAUUGCGGACAGCAUGCAAAUCGAUUUUGCACUCAUCCACAAGGAACGUCGUCCGACGAGAAUCACUGAUCGGCAAAACGCGAGCAUGAUACUAGUCGGCAAUGUAUCUGAUCGCGUUUGCAUUCUCAUCGACGAUAUUGUAGACACGGGCAACACCAUCACGAGAGCUGCCAAGCUUCUCAAGAAGGAAGGCGCCACCAAGAUCUACGCACUCCUGACGCACGGCGUCUUCAGCGACGAUGCCGUCAGCCGCAUCAAUGCUUCGGCUCUGGACAAAGUCGUGGUGACCAAUUCGGUUCCGCAAGCCGAGCACAAGGCACGCCUAGGAGCAAAGCUCGACGUGUUGGAUAUCGCGCCCAUUUUUGCAGAGGCGAUACGGCGCGUCCAUCAUGGUGAAUCCAUCAGCGUGCUCUUCAACCAGGACUAA